GAUGAAAAUUAUUCAAAGGACACUCCAUCCGAAUUAUAUAUUAAACAUUUUAAGGUUGCUGGUCAAGGCACCGUUGGGUUGCAAUUUCAUGCCAAAGAAAGAUUUCAAAUUGUACUAAAUUGUGAUAAAAAAUCAUCAUGCGGCGAAAAAGAUGUAAUAGUCUUGGAUGUGGGAAAAGAAGUCACCUAUUUCCGAAAGCGCAAUAAUAAUGAUGAAAGUAGUAUUUUAAAGAGUACAGUGGAACGAAAAGCUCUUCUAGAUGAUAAAAAAGUUCAGCUUUAUUGGCUUAGUCUUGACAAGAAAAACCGUCGUUUGCGUUAUGGAAAGGGACCUAUGCAAAACCAAUUAACUGUCUUUUCCUAUGAUUUUCCGCAAAAAGUCCCUCAAAAAAAGUCACAAGAAAUCGAAGAUUACAAAUGGAUUGAAAAUUUAAAAUAUAUCGCAGUCUGCUGUAAAUCAAUCAGUAAAGAUGAUUUCGAGGGAGAGAAGCCAACAAUUAAGGUGUUAUUUUGGAGGCUUCCGGUUACUAUGGACUUGCCACCUUUUAUCAUCAGGCACGAAGAUGCAACCCUUGAAGAACUAGAAACGGGGAAAGUUACCGUUAUUGACAAUCUUCCAAAAAAAUGCCAAGAACUUUAUUGGAAUGUUGUUGAUAUCACCCUUAACACUCCUGAUUUCCCUGAUUUUGCCGAUGCUAUUGAUCAUAGCAUCAAGACACCAGGCCUAAUCUGCAAUAAAAAGCUUAAAGAAAAAGCAUCUGGAUUUGGCGAUCCCAAUCCCAAGGCAACAUAUCUUCGCAUCACGUUAGGAGAAGAUAAAGGGAACUCUCCUGGAGUUCCUUACGUCUUGGAAAUCUGGCCUAGUGGACACUAUUCUCCUAUUCACAGUCACUCCAACUCCUUCGCCGUCAUCAAGGUCCUAUAUAAUGAAAUCGUUACUCGAUACUUCGCGGGGCUGGAUCCUGAAGAAAAAAAAUGGUACUAUCAGGUUUCCUUUCAAGAGGGUGAAAUUACAUGGAUUUCAGAUAAAUUUUACCAAACUCACCAACUUGUGAACCGGACCAGAAAAAUGUGCGCCACGAUACAAUGUUAUCAAUAUAGAAAUAGUGAUAACGACCAUUACGAAUUUUUUGACUAUAUCGAUAAGAAGGAUGGCAUUAAGCAUUUCAAGCCUAAUUCUGACUGGCACUUUACUGAAUUCAAAAACUUGAUUAAAGAGGAAUGGAAACAGUACAAGUAUAUAUCUGAUUGUGAUUUGUCAGUGAGAUAA